AACCAUCGACCGGGGUCAAUCCCAAACUCACCACCGUCGCUUUCUGCAGCGUCACUGCUAAAAUAUCUAUCCUCAUUCAUUCCUCUUCUCAUACAAUUGCCAUCUCCUAAAACUCAACAACAGCAGCAAAGAUGUGUGGCGGCGCCAUCAUCUCCGACUUCAUUCCUCAACGCAACCAUCACCGUCACUGCCCCGAUCCCGAUCACCUCCUCUCCGCCUCUGACCUCUGGCCCGAUUCCUUCCACCCACAGAGUGUCUCCACCCAGGACAAAGUGCCUCGGAAGCGGGGGCGGAAGAAUUUGUACAGGGGGAUACGACAGCGGCCGUGGGGGAAGUGGGCAGCGGAAAUCCGUGACCCCAUGAAAGGCGUUCGCGUCUGGCUCGGCACCUUCGCUACCGCGGAGGAGGCUGCCCGCGCCUACGACCGCGAGGCCCGCCGCAUCCGCGGCAAGAAGGCCAAGGUCAACUUCCCCAAUGAGGUGGAGCCCGAGGAGACCGAUAAUUCCGUCCCCUGCAACCGCGUCCGCAAUUUCAUUCAACCCAAGGUGGAAAAAUCUCCCGUCUUGGCGGCUUCCAAUGACUGCGAGGGAGACGGUGAGGUGAGGAGGCUGUCGGAGGAGCUGAUGGCCUACGAGUCCUACAUGAACUUCUUCGGUAUCCCGUACAUGGAGGGCGGCACUCCAGCGGCAGCGGCGGCGGCGGAGGAGGGGACAGCAGCAGAUGAUGAGGUGGUCACAGGGAAUGGAAUGGAGGCGUGUAAUCCGCCGGUCUCUUCAGGCAUGGAGAUGAUUUGGAUCUUCGACGACAUUCUGCCGGCGUGAUGGCCCCAUUCGUCUCCUUGACCGCAUGGUGUUUGAUACUGAUGGCUUCCCGAUGCUUGUACAAUGGCAAAUUUUGUUUUCAAGGGUUGGGUGUAUGAUUUAAGCUUCCUGUUGUUAUUUUUUUCCGUGUAACACUAAAUCAUGAAACAAUUGUACUUAUUCACAGUAUUUGUUGAAGGGUGGAUUAGUAGUUUGUUUUCA